UCAAAGACUUCACAAGCAAGACGAGAACUAUCGGAGUCCGUGCGACCGACAGCAACACAUCUUCCAACAACAUCUCUCUCUUCAUCUAUCUUUUGGUCAUAAUAUACAUAAUAUAUUCACUCCCUUGUGAAUUCACUUCUGCUAUAGCUUCCAAGACUGACGAGAGUUCAGCACGGGGCACGAGGGGAACAAGGCGUCGGUGGCGAUGGCCUCGUGGUUCAGUUGGAGCAGCGAGCCGGACUACCGGAGUCCGCGGCGGGACCCGUCUGACGUGGUCAUGGACACCCUGAUGCUGGAGCUCAACUGGCAGCUGAAGGAGGCCGAGAGGAUGCAGCGUGAGAGGGACAGCGAGUACCGGCGCCUCCAGACUGGCGUGGACUACAGCUGGCUGGUCAACACGCCACGCAACACCUAUGACGUGUCACCUGGUGAGAAGCUGGGCCUGGAGGACCUGUGCUCCAAGGUGCAUCCAACCUACUGCGGAGCUGUCAUACUGAGGUUCCGCCAGUUGGUGACUGAGAACGAACCGGAGGUGCAGGAGGUACCUGCCCUUUUCCGCACAGUCGUCCUCGAGGCUUUGGACCGCAUGAGGGAGGAGCAGGAGGCGCAGCGGCUCUCGCGCCAGUGGAACAACAAACGGGCCAUGAGCAUGUCUCUCAUGAACUUCAAGUCACGCGUCAAGAUCAACCCCUUUGGCAGCACCUUGGGCCUGACCUCGACUGGAGGGGGAGGGGAGGGUGUGUGCGAGCUGAAGACGGUGUCAGAAGACGUGGAGAAGGCGCUGGAGGAAAGGGCUGACAGGUCCCAGAGGGUGUGGAGCAUGCCCAACUUCAGACAUAAAGGGCUGUACACUACCAAGGCCGUCUGAGCUGGGAAUCCACAGGACAGUGUUGUGGUUCAGUGGAGGAUAGAGCAACGCUAGUGAGAGGUAGCCUAUAAUAAACCCAUGGAACCUGCCCAGUCUGCUUUGAACAAGAAUGGGGAGAAAUAGGAGACAUGUCUCUCCCAUCCUCUCCUUCGGCAGUGUGGGGUCAUCCACUAUUGAAAGCUUUUGACUUAUGAAUUUGAUAUGGGGAGCUAUGCUAAGGAUAUUUCACAAUGUUUUGAGAUUUUCAGACACAUUCUUUGCUGUACCUUUAUUGAAGAUUAGAUAGUUUCUAAGAGAAUUGUGUUGCAUGCACUUACUUUUACUGUGCUUUUUUUCCCUUUAUAACAACAUAAUACUCCGGAGCUACAUGUAUUUAAAUUGUAGUUAACCAAUGAGGCUUACACAUGAAACAAUCAACAAGUUCUGUUUUUUUCUCAAGCAUUUUUUUGGCACUGUAAAGGGAAGUGCUGCUUAUCAUGGCUUUUUAGUGACCUUUUUAUAACUUGAAAAAUCAACAGUAAACUGACUGCUCUAUUGGAGUGGUUACCAUGACAUUGUAGAUUAUAUCAAUCUUCGUUCUAACUCUUUACAGUUGGAAUACAGUGCAUCUUGAUCUCUUUGUGUUGUCGGUCUUACUUUAUUGCUAUUGACUUAUCAGCAAAAUACAAUUGCUGCGCAAAUAUUUUAAAUGCCAAAUAUUUCAAAUCACUUUCUUACGGCAAAAAGCAUAGAAAUCCACAUCUAAGCUAUGGGGGUAAGCAUGAAAAAAGCUAAGCGGUAAGCACAAAGGCACCGUUUUAUUACUCAGCAACAAGGUUGAGGUGCCUGGGCUAUUUGCCUUGUCCAAUAAGACUGACAAAGCCUGGUUACAGGACAAACUGUGUCUCAUAAGAGGCACACAAUGGCAGCAAUAAUUCAUACACAAUGGGAAUGGAUGCUUGAUUGUACUGUAACAUUUCAGAUGACUAUUGUAAAGAAUCUCUAUAACAGCCGCAGUUUAUUGCUGUUGAGAGAAGAGCUGUUUUAUUGGGUGGACUCUAGCAGUUUGCCACAUCAAGUGGGCUUCACAAAAUAUAAAAAGCUUUUCCAAAAUAAUAUUGAUUUAUAGUAUUACAUGUGAUGACAUCCAGUCUCAGAUUUGUACAUACUAUACAUUAUUCUCUGAUAAUCAAUAUAUCUAACAAUAAACUACAUUCCUGGGGACCCGAGUUUAGCUGCAAGACUGUUUUGGACCUUCUUAAAACAACUAGAAAAACAUAGAUCAUCAUCAAACACAAUGCAAUGCCGGACUGGUGUUCUAUUUGAGACUACGUUACAAUAAAA